AUUUCAAAAAUAAAGAGCAUUGAGUCGAUAGAGACUGAGGAGAUUGACUCAGGGACAGAUUAAAUUAGAAGCUCCAUUGCAGAAUUCAGACCUCGACAUUAAUGGAGGAGAAGCUAUGGGAACGACGGAACCUGUGACUGCGGAGGAUUCGAUUGAAAACGAAUCCUAAUGAUUCACUGGACGGGAUGGCGGAACGCGCCGGGAACGAACUGAUUUCUUCGAAGAGGUUAUGGAGCGACCCUACGAAUAAAGCAGAUAAAUAUAAAAGAGUAAAUAUUCGCCCGCGAAAUUUCAUCCAUUAAAUAAUCCUAAUAUUAUUUAUUGUUUAUUUAUCGUUUCAUUCGCGAGGAGCUGGAUGAGAAGAAACUCUCAUGUCCGGUUCUGUAGUAGAGAUGGAAUUGAGACACUACCAUCAACUAUAACCCCAAAAGAACCAGGUUUCGUAAACAACAUAGAGGAAGAAUGAAAGGAGUAUCUUAUCGGGGCAAUCGUAUUUGUUUCGGUAAAUAUGCGCUUCAGGCACUUGAACCCGCUUGGAUCACAUCUAGACAAAUAGAAGCAGGGCGCCGCGCAAUGACACGAUAUGCCCGUCGUGGCGGAAAAAUAUGGGUACGUAUAUUCCCCGACAAACCCGUUACACUAAGACCCGCGGAAACACGUAUGGGUUCGGGGAAGGGAUCUCCUGAAUAUUGGGUAUCCGUCGUUAAACCGGAUCGAAUACUUUAUGAAAUGGGCGGAGUAUCAGAAACCGUAGCCAGAGCCGCUAUGGAAAUAGCGGCGCGCAAAAUGCCUAUACGAACAAAAUUCGUUAUUGCGGAAUAGGGAUAUCGGACCAAAGGGAUAUUUAUGAAUGAUGAAAAAUAUAAUCUAUAAUCGCUGGUUUACUUAUUUCUGGACAGAAAAUUUUCUUUUCCCCCUCGCCUCUUGCAUUGAAAGAACUCAAAUAAAAGAAAGAUGAUUCAACCUCAGACCUUUUUGAAUGUAGCGGACAACAGCGGAGCUCGAAAAUUGAUGUGUAUUCGAAUCAUAGGAGCUAGUAAUUACCGAUAUGCUCAUAUCGGUGACGUUAUUGUUGCUGUAAUCAAAGAAGCAGUGCCAAAUAUGCCCCUGGAAAGAUCAGAAGUAAUCAGAGCUGUAAUUGUACGUACAUGUAAAGAACUCAAGCGCGACAACGGUAUGAUAAUCCGGUAUGAUGACAAUGCAGCAGUUGUCAUUGAUCAAGAAGGAAAUCCAAAAGGCACCCGAGUUUUUGGUUCGAUUGCUCGUGAAUUGAGACAGUUAAAUUUCACUAAGAUAGUCUCAUUAGCUCCCGAAGUAUUAUAAAUAAUGAACGCUAGUAGACGAGACAAUGGGUAGUAGGGUCUUUGAAAUGGAUAAAUUAGUAGAUUAUGUCUCAGGCAUAUACCUUUAAUGAAAAAAAAAAAGAAACAUGUUGAUUAUAUCAAAGCAAAAAAAAAUGAUAGUUCGUCAUGGGUAGAGACACUAUUGCCGAUAUAAUAACUUAUAUAAGAAAUGCUGACAUGGAUAAAAAAGGAACAGUUCGAAUACCAUCCACUAAUAUUACCGAAACAUUGUGAAAAUACUUCUACGAGAGGGUUUUAUCGAAAAUGUUAGGAAGCACCGGGAAAACAACAAGGAUUUCUUGGUUUUAACCCUACGACAUAGAAGAAAUAGGAAAAGAGCACAUAGAAAUAUUUUAAAGCGUAUCAGCAGACCAGGUCUGCGAAUCUAUUCCAACUCUCAACGAAUUCCUAGGAUUUCAGGCGGGAUAGGGGUUGUAAUUCUUUCUACUUCUAGGGGUAUAAUGACAGAUCGAGAAGCUCGACUAGAAAGAAUUGGAGGAGAAAUUUUGUUUUAUAUAUGGUGAGGUGAUCCAUCUGGUAUACGAAUUUGAUACGUAACUUCCUAUUUAUGAAAAAGAGAGUAGAGGUGGGUUGUCUAAUGUCACUCCUCCUACAUUAGUUAAUACUUCAAGGAGGUUACCUGGAAUGAAAGAACAAAAAUUGAUCCAUGAAGGUUUAAUUACUGAAUCACUUCCCAAUGGCAUGUUCUGGGUUCGCUUAGAUAACGAAGACCUGGUUCUAGGUUAUGUUUCAGGGCGGAUACGACGUAGUUUUAUACGAAUACUACCAGGAGAUAGAGUAAAAAUAGAAGUCAGCCGUUAUGAUUCAACAAGGGGACGUAUAAUUUAUAGACUUCGCAAUAAAGAUUCAAACGAUUAGGUAUUUAAAUUUUCAUGGGGAUAAAUUUUAAGGCUCAAACACUAACUUAAGGUGAAUUAAAGAAAAGAGACUUAUUUUCUUUCAAAGAGUAGAUUCGGAAUUAAGGAACAACAAAUAUGAAAAUAAGAGCUUCUGUUCGUAAGAUUUGUGAAAAAUGUCGACUGAUCCGUAGGCGAGGACGAAUUAUAGUAAUUUGUUCUAAUCCGAAACAUAAACAGAGACAGGGAUAAUAUUUAUAAAAAAAAAGAACUUCACUUUCUAAGAGACCUAAUGUACAAAUAAAUAAAGAAUUUGUUUUCACAUGAAAUGGAUAUAUCCGUAUAUCUCUGACUCAUAUUUAUGAGAUGGCAAAUAGAAUAUGACAAAACCUAUACCAAGAAUUGGUUCACGUAGAAAUAGCCGUAUUAGUUCACGUAAGAGUGGGUGUAGAACACCAAUAGGAGUUAUUCAUGUUCAAGCGAGUUUCAACAAUACUAUUGUUACUGUUACAGACCCACAAGGUCGGGUCGUUUCUUGGUCUUCUGCGGGUACCUGUGGAUUCAAGGGCACAAGAAGGGGUACCCCAUUUGCUGCUCAAACCGCAGCAGGAAAUGCUAUUCGUGCGGUAGUAGACCAGGGUAUGCAACGAGCAGAAGUCAUGAUAAAGGGUCCCGGUCUCGGGAGAGAUGCAGCAUUACGAGCGAUUCGUAGAAGUGGUAUACUAUUAAAUUUUGUACGUGACGUAACCCCUAUGCCGCAUAAUGGAUGUAGACCGCCAAAAAAAGGCGCGUUUAGAAAUAAAAAUGGAAAAGAUUCCAAUCCAAGAGAAAUAAAUAAUUAAAUGAUCUCAUCAAAUAAUAUUAUAUUAGUAUGGUUCGGGAGGAAGUACCAGUAUCCACUCGGACGCUACAGUGGAAGUGUGUUGAAUCAAGAGCAGACAGCAAACGCCUUUAUUAUGGUCGUUUCGUUUUAUCCCCACUUAUGAAGGGUCAAGCCGAUACAAUCGGUAUCGCGAUGCGAAGGGCUUUACUUGGAGAACUAGAAGGAACAUGUAUUACGCGCGCAAAAUCUGAUAAGGUACCACAUGAAUAUUCUACGAUAGUAGGUAUUGAAGAAUCAGUCCAUGAAAUUUUAAUGAAUUUGAAAAAAAUUGUAUUUAGAAGUGAUCUGUACGGAACUCUCGACGCAUCUAUCUAUGUCAGGGGCCCUAGACACGUAACUGCUCAAGAUAUCAUCUCACCACCUUCUGUAGAAAUAGUUGAUACUACACAGCAUAUAGCUGUCCUAACGGAACCGGUUGAUUUGUGCAUUGAAUUAAAAAUUGAGAGGGGUCGUGGAUAUUGUACGAGAACCCCAAAUAACUAUCAAGACGGAAGCUAUCCUAUAGAUGCUGUAUCCAUGCCUGUUCGAAAUGCGAAUCAUAGUAUUCAUUCUUAUGGGAAUGGGAAUGAGAAACAAGAGAUACUUUUUCUUGAAAUAUGGACGAAUGGAAGUUUAACUCCUAAGGAAGCGCUUUAUGAAGCUUCUCGUAAUUUGAUCGAUUUAUUUAUUCCUUUUUUACAUGCGGAGGAACAGGACAUAAAUAGAAAUAUGGAGGACAAUCAAAAAAGGGCUAGUGUGCCCUUUUUUACCUUUGAUGAUGGAUUGGAUAAUAUGAAAAGAGAAAUCAUAUUGAAACGUAUUUUUAUUGAUCAAUUAGAAUUGCCUCCUAGGACUUAUAACUGUCUCAAAAGGUCUAAUAUACAUACAUUGCUGGACCUUUUGAGUAAAAGUCAAGAAGAUCUUAUGAGAAUUGAGCAUUUUCGCGUAGAAGACGUAAAACAAAUAUUCGACAUUCUACAGAAGGGUUUCACAAUCGACUUGCUUAAAAAUUCAACUCAGUUUGAAUCCCGUUGAAAUUUUUUUUUCAUUUCGAAUGAAAGCACGAAA